AUGAUGAAAGUGGCCAUGACUUCAAUUUCAAAAGCCGAUAAUCACUUUCACGAUCUAUCGUCGCGUGAACUAAGCGAUCGAGAUGAUAACGUUUGUGUUGAUGAAUGCGCGGAAGCUGAAUCAGUGGGAGACGACAGGUCAAUCACUUCGACGAAUCGUAACCAGGUUCGACAGGCUUGUGAGGACGAUGAUUCUGCUGGUACCGUCGGUGGUGGCGAGGAUGCUGCGCAUGAGGUGGAAGAAAUGUCCAUAGUCGUCGCCACUGGUGGAGAACAGGAGUCCACCUCCAAGACCGAACACAUUAUCAUCGCAAGAUGA